GACUAUUGUGAGGACUGUCAAUGGAUAUAGAGUGCUUAACACAUGGCAGCAUAGUAAGUGCUCAGGAAAGGUUGCUAUCCUGAUGCUAUCAUACCAUUCUAUAAUCGUUAACAUAGAUACAGAGGAUGACUCACCUUUUGGUACAUAGCAAAUAUACAACCCCCAUCUCGCUCCCACCAAAAAGCCUAGGUCCUCUCUUUCAAUUUUCUCCUUCCCUCCUUCCCUCCUGCCCACUCCCCCUCCUCGGCCCCUGGCCCCAGUGUGGUCUGGAUGGGCCCCAGAGGGGCAGGGACAGAGACAGGACGUGGGGCUGUAUCUGACAGGAACCCGAGGGGCUGGCCUGGGAGGGGAUUGGGGCCCGGCUUCCUGAAGGGAGGAUGGGCUAAGGCGGGCACACAGUAGUGGAGAAGAUGCCCUCCUGGGCCCUCUUCAUGGUCUCCUCCUGCCUCUUCCUGGCCCCUCAAAACCUGGCACAAGUCAGCAGCCAAGAUGUCUCCUUGCUGGCCUCGGACUCAGAGCCCCUGAAGUGUUUCUCCCGAACAUUUGAGGACCUCACUUGCUUCUGGGAUGAGGAAGAGGCAGCGCCCAGUGGAACAUACCAGCUGCUGUACGCCUACCAGGGGGAGAAGCCCCGUGCCUGCCCCCUGAGUUCCCAGAGCGUGCCCCGCUUUGGAACCCGAUAUGUGUGCCAGUUUCCAGACCAGGAGGAAGUACGCCUCUUCUUUCAGCUGCACCUCUGGGUGAAGAAUGUGUUCCUGAACCAGACUCAGACCCAGCGAGUGCUCUUUGUGGACACUGUAGGCCUGCCGGCUCCCCCCAGUGUCAUCAAGGCCAUGGGCGGGAGCCAGCCAGGGGAACUCCAGAUCAGCUGGGAGACCCCAGCUCCAGGUUUCAGUGAUUUCCUGAAGUACGAACUCCGCUAUGGCCCCAAAGAUCCCAAGAACUCCACUGGUCCCACGGUCAUACAGCUGAUCGACACAGAAACCUGCUGCCCUACUCUGCAGGGGCUACGCUCAGCCCUUGUUGUGGACCAGCCUCCAUGUUCUCAACCCACAAUGCCCUGGCAAGAUGGACCAAAGCAGACCUCCCCAACUAGAGAAGCUUCAGCUCUGACUGCAGUGGGUGGAAGCUGCCUCAUCUCAGGACUCCAGCCUGGCAACUCCUACUGGCUGCAGCUGCGCAGCCAACCUGAUGGGAUCUCCCUCCGUGGUUCCUGGGGAUCCUGGUCCCUCCCUGUGACUGUGGACCUGCCUGGGGAUGCAGUGGCAAUUGGACUGCAAUGCUUUACCUUGGACCUGAAGAAUGUUACCUGUCAAUGGCAGCAACAGGACCAUGCUAGCUCCCAAGGCUUCUUCUACCACAGCAGGGCACGGUGCUGCCCCAGAGACAGGUACCCCAUCUGGGAGAAUUGUGAAGAGGAAGAAGAAACAAAUCCAGGAUUACAGACCCCACAGUUCUCUCGCUGCCACUUCAAGUCACAAAAUGACAGUGCUAUUCACAUCCUUGUGGAGGUGACCACAGCCCUGGGUGCUGUUCACAGCUACCUGGGCUCCCCUUUCUGGAUCCACCAGGCUGUGGGCCUCACCACCCCAAACUUGCACUGGAGGGAGAUCUCCAGCGGGUAUCUGGAAUUGGAGUGGCAGCACCCAUCAUCCUGGGCAGCCCAAGAGACCUGCUAUCAACUCCGAUACACAGGAGAAGACCAUCAGGACUGGAAGGUGGUGGAGCCGCCUCUCGGGGCCAGAGGAGGAACCCUGGAGCUGCGCCCGCGAUCUCGCUACCGUUUACAGCUGCGCGCCAGGCUCAACGGCCCUACCUACCAAGGCCCCUGGAGCUCCUGGUCCGACUCAGCUAAGGUGGAGACCGCCUCCGAGACCGCCUGGAUCUCCUUGGUGACCGCUCUGUUCCUUGUGCUGGGCCUCAGCGCCCUUCUGGGCCUGCUGCUGCUGAGGUGGAAGUUCCCUGCUCACUACAGGAGACUGAGGCAUGUGCUGUGGCCCUCACUUCCAGACCUGCACCGGGUCCUAGGCCAGUACCUUAGGGACACUGCAGCCCCAAGUCCGCCCAAGGCCACAGUCUCAGAUACCUGUGAAGAAGUGGAACCCAGCCUCCUUGAAAUCCUCCCUAAAUCCUCAGAGGGGACUCCUUUGCCCGUGUGUUCCUCCCAGGCCCAGAUGAACUACCAAAGAUUGCAGCCUUCUUGCCUGGGGACCAUGCCCCUGUCUGUGCGCCCACCCAUGGCUGAGUCAGGGUCCCCAUGUUCCACCAACAUCGCCAACCAUUCCUACUUACCACUAAGCUAUUGGCAACAGCCCUGAGGACAGGCUCCUCACUCCCAUAUCCCUGGACAGAGCUAAACCCUCUAGGCACUCUGUGAACCUUCCUACCCUACCCAAAAACACAAGCACUCCAGACCUCACUUCCAUCCCCCUCUGUCUGCCCUUAUAGUUAGGCUUCAUAGCACUGAUCUUAGUCCACUGAUGCUGACAUAAAACCAGAACCCUUUCUCCACAGGCAGGCUCAUUUCACUAAAUUCCUCCUUUACUUUCUCUCUCCUCCUUAAUGCCAAAUGCCUUGAAAACAAGCCUCCACUUUCCCACUUCCCAAUUACUCUUCAGACUACUUCAAUUAGUUCCCCUACUACCAUUUUGCUAGUCAAACUGCCCAGGAAAAGUUCACCUCACAUCUAAUUCCAAGAUCCAAUAGGAUCUCGUUAAUCAUCAGUUCCUUUGAUCUCUCUGCAAAAUUUGUCAUGGCUGACUACUCACUUCUUUAAAUUAUUUCCUACCUUGGCUUCUAUAACUUGACCUUCCCUGCUGGCUCUGUUACUGCCUCUUUGAGUAUACUAGUAGCUUUUUUGUUUGAGACAGGGUCCCACUCUGUCACCCAGGCUGGAGUGUAAUGGCGCAAUCUUGGCUCACUGCAA